AAAGGACAUCCAGAAGCUGGCAUUGAUUAUGCCAAAGCAAAUGGAACACUGUGGUUUUCUGCGGUGAAGGGAACUGCUGGGCUCUAUUGGUUCCAAAAUGUCAUGAAGAGAAACCCUGACCUCAACAUAAAGUAACCUGAAGCCGCAGCAGGGGCUGCAGCCAUGAACUGUGAAGUUGUUGACAAGUGGUUGACGCAGUACAAGGCUCCUCUCCAUGACCUACAAAUCACAGAUGUUCCCACACUCCUCUGGAAUUACAAUGAAUCUGGGUUGCAAGACCAGUUCUGCUCCAUGCGGGUGGCGAGUGAAGUUGGAAAACCUUGUGUUGAGAUUACUGAAAGGAGAGACAAAAACAGUCCUCGCCGCUUUCAACGCCAUGGAAGUGUAUAGCUCAACAAUGGUAAUCUGAAAGGGCAAACGUCCCGGUCUAUGUUGUUGCCGAGAUUCCGAUAAUGGCUGGGUUAACCUGGAGCUGUUCCUGGAGUGGGGCAAGAUGUUCAUAGAGCAGCUCCCAAAAGAUGACGCCAUGCCUCGCAGUCUCCGUCUUUAUGGCAAUACUAUGGAAUUUCUCCAGAUGAUGAAAAGGCACAACAUGCAUGUAACGUGUCAACCGCCGCAUCUGACAAGGUGCUCUUUAAGAGACAUAACUGGUAGAGGGAUGAAGAAGAAGGAUGCAAGUGGACCAGGGGGACAGCAGGACUAAAGCUGCCGAAAUCUGACUUCUUCAAAUUCUUCAGCAAGACAUGGAGCAAGAUGGAAACCACAGAAAUGUUCCCCUGAAUUAACAUCUAAUCCCUGAUCGCAACAGAGCGAGAGAGAUCUGCCACCCAAACCGUCUCCAGCAGAUGGUCCUGAUCAACAAACUGAGCGAGGCCCAACUUUCUGCACCGUGGACGUGGAUGCUGACAUGGAGAUCAGCACGGUGCAGGAAGUUGUUCAGAUGGUGACCACGUGCCAGUGCUUCAGCCUGGAUAGCGUUGAUCAGCCAUCAGCCUCUGAGGUCAUAAAGGCCAACAUGGUUUCCAGUCGGCUUGUUAAACAAACUCCUCCGUGAAUAAACCAGCUUUUGUGGAUCUCUUCAGGCCGAGCUCUCCUCACCAUGAGUCUCUGGACCAACGGCUCCUCCUCGGAUCUUUACGCCGGGACGCAGCCGCCGCUGCCGGGCUCCAACUCCUCCUCUAACCGCACCGACGGCUCCCAGCCCCGCGGACCCCACGGUGCCGCCCCGCUGGACCUGAGCCGGGCGGUGCCGGUGGGCAUGGUGCUGGCCUCCUUCAUCAUGUUCGCCAUCGUGGGGAACAUCCUGGUCAUCCUGUCGGUGGUCUGCAACCGACACCUGCGGAUCCCGACCAACUACUUCAUCAUCAACCUGGCCAUCGCAGACCUGCUGCUGGGAACCACCGUGCUGCCGGUGUCCGCCACCCUGGAGGUUCUGGAUUACUGGGUGUUCGGUCGGAUCUUCUGUGACAUCUGGGCGGCGGUGGACGUGCUGUGCUGCACGGCGUCCAUCAUGUCUCUGUGCGUCAUCUCCAUCGACCGCUACAUCGGCGUCCGCUACCCGCUGCAGUACCCCAUGAUCGUCACCGAGAAGCGGGCGCUGCUCGCCAUGCUGGGCGUCUGGAUCCUCGCCAUCGUCAUCUCCAUCGGCCCGCUGCUGGGCUGGAAGCCGCCGCCAUCACAGGACGACACGGUGUGUCUGAUCACCCAGGAGCCUUUCUACGCCCUCUUCUCCUCGCUGGGCUCCUUCUACAUCCCGCUGGCCGUCAUCCUCGCCAUGUACUGCCGCGUCUACAUCGUAGCCAAACGCACCACCAAGAACCUGGAGGCCGGCAUGAUGAAGGAGCGCCAGGAGGACUCCAACGAGCUCACCCUGAGGAUCCACUGCAGGAACCAGCAGAUCCACGAUCUAUGCUCCGCCCCCAAGGCCGGAGGGGGCGGGGCCUCGGCCGGACGCAGCACGCUCACCGUCAAACUGCUCAAGUUCUCCCGAGAGAAGAAAGCUGCCAAGACGCUGGGCGUGGUGGUCGGCAUGUUCAUCCUCUGCUGGCUGCCUUUCUUCCUGGCUCUGCCUAUCAGCUCGUUCAACAGCAGCCUGCAGCCUCCUGAAACCUUCUUUAAAGUCAUUUUCUGGCUGGGAUACUUCAACAGCUGCCUGAACCCCAUCAUCUACCCCUGCUACAGCCGAGAGUUCAAACAGGCCUUCAUCAGGAUCCUGCGCUGCCGUUGGAAGAGGAAGCGUCAGGGCUGGCAGGCGUACUACAACUACCGCUGCCAGCAGGGCUCCAACAACUCGUCCUUCCUGAACGGCAGCCAGCAGACGCUGUCCUCCAUCAGCCCCAGCCCGCGCUGCGUCACCUCCAGACUCCGCCCCCCGCCCCGGUCCUCCGACGCCGGCCGCGACCUCCUCCCCGGGUCGGCCGCGAGAGGACGGCUCAACCCGGUGUCCCCGCUCGCUAAGGAUACUGGGGCGGUGUUGGGCGUCGGUACGGGGCGAGGGGCGGUGAUGAACGGGCAGAGUGUGGACAGAGAGGAGGCGGAGAGGACGCCGGCGUCUAAACUGUGACGUUUAGCGAGAUAAAAACACUGACUGACGCACCUGCUGCCUCGCCGCCACGACUCAGCGGGGAUCAGCUCGCUCUCCUGUGGAUUAAAAACACUUGGAGGGACACACAGGUACACGCUGACAUCAGCAGACGCUGCUCAGGUGUGAUGACAUCAUCUGUCAGGCGGUUAUGAUGUCAGCGUCACUGUUCCGGCCUCCUCCUCAGCCUUAAUGACACAGCUACGAAACAUGGCGGCGCUCCUGCCGGGACCAGCGGACGACUUCAGAGAAACAUCACGUCACCACAUUUUAACAUCUUCAAGCCUCCAGCUCAGGUGUUCACCAGCUGAUGAUUCCUACCGUACCUGUCCACCGCACCUAACGAUGCUUUUACCUUUACCACACAUGUGCAGCUGUAUGACACAUGUCUGACACAUGUAUGACUCAUGUAUGACACAUGUAUG